AUGAAGAUAUUCGCCACCGUCCUUGUCUUCGCUGCCUCUGCUAUGGCCAUGUCUCAUUCCAGUGACGGUGUUGGUGGCGGCAACGCCGAGAUCAGGUUCCCCGUCGACCACGAGACCACCGUCCAGCAGGCCGAGGCCAAGUGUGGCAAUGACGCCAGUCUCUCCUGCUGCAACAAGGUUACCUACACCCACGACAUCACCACUGCCAACACUGGUCCCCUGCCUGGUGUUAUACAGACUGCUCUGGGUGGUGGUCCCGGCGGUGACGGUCUCGGUCUCUUCAGUCAGUGCAAAGACGUCACCGCCAAGAUCCCUGUCCUGAACAUCGUCGGCGGCGGUGUCGACCAGCUGGUUGAUCAGAAGUGCAAGCAGAACAUUGCCUGCUGCCAGCCCUCCCAGGACGAUGUCAGCAAUAUUGGUGUCGCCGUCCCCUGCGUUGCUCUCGGCUCUCUGUAA